UACUCUGCUACAUGUAGUGAAGUCAAGAAUCAAGUAGAUCUGCUCAGGUCUACUCAGUAACAGUAACAGGGCUGUCGUUGGUUGUUCGUUUGUGUGCUCAAGUCUAUCUCUUGCUCAGCUUCCCGUGUAGACUGACCAUAGUCCGCGGAAAGUGCUUGCUUUUCAGUUGCAAUGGCUGGCAGAGACAAGGAAACCAUCAACCUGGUCGAUUCCGUGGCCGUCACUUGCCACGUCUUCAAUGGAGACCAGACGAAGUUGGCACUUUGCCCAAACUCGAACGAGGUCCACAUUUACAGGAAGAGCGGAUCCUCUUGGUCGCAGGAAUGCGUUCUCAGCGAGCAUGGCCAACGUGUGCUGGACAUGGACUGGGGUGCCAAGAGAAACCGCCUGGUUACCUGCGGAGAGGACCGUAACGCCUAUGUGUGGACGAGCGAGGGUGGAGAGUGGCGACCUAUGCUGGUGUUGCUCCGUAUCAACCGCGCUGCUACAUGUGUCAGGUGGUCACCGAAUGAGGAGAAGUUUGCCGUCGGCUGCGGUGCUCGCCUCAUCUCCAUCUGCUACUUUGAAGUGGAGCAAGACUGGUGGGUGAGCAAGCACAUCAAGAAGCCCAUCCGCUCCACAGUGCUAAGCGUUGACUGGCACCCGAACAACUAUCUGGUUGCUGCUGGAUCCAGUGACUUCAAAGCCAGAGUGUUCUCGGCUUACGUGAAGGAGAUUGAAGAGAAGCCGGCACCAACUCCCUGGGGAAAGAAGGGUACCUUUGGUAACCUGAUGGCGGAGUUCUCCAAUGGUGGAGGUGGCUGGGUGCAUUCCGUCAGCUUCUCUCCAUCUGGCAACAAGCUGGUGUGGGUCGGACACGACUCCAGCAUCUCUGUGGCCGUUGCAGGCGGUGAUCAAGUGGUAACCACCAUCAAGCAGACUCACUUGCCCAUGUUGACCUGUGUCUUCGUCAGUGAGAACAGCAUCAUCGCUGGUGGCCACGACUGCUCGCCAUACCUGUUCCGCCACGAUGACAACGCCGAGCUGACUGCUCUGCAGAAACUUGAUGUCGUCAAGGCCAAGUCUGCAGGAACGAGCUCUGCCAUGGACAAGUUCCGUUCCUUGGAUAAGAAGGGCUCCACAGAGAGCACAGACUCCGGUCGCAGUGCAUCCACCCAUCAGAACAGCAUUGUUGAUGCUCGAAUGGUGGGUCCCAAGGGUGCUGGCAAGGGCAUUAGCACAGCCGGUGUCGAUGGACUGGUGGUCGUCUGGAACUUCAAGUCCCUGGAGUCUUCCAUUGCCGGUCUCAAGAUUGCUUAAUCAGAGACCGUAGCCGACGCUUCCGUGCUGUGUUUUCUUGCUCUCCGUGCAAGAAGCGAAACCAUGGAAGCCAGUCACUGCUGUGAUGUCACUAGUUAUUCUCCUUGUUUUCUUAUGUAGUAGUGAUUUUGUGCCGGCGGUCAUCUGAUCCAGCCCAGGGCACUGAAUUUUAUAUGGACCACUUCAUGACAGUUGUUUCAACACUCUUAUGGCAUUUAUUGACUUAGUAUGUCACUCCA